AUGGAAUGGACUGCAGUAGAGUCUUCAAAGCCCGAGGUAGAGCUAUGCGGGGCCGGUGGUGGCGUAUCAUCCCGCGAAGAGGUGAAGUAUCCAUCAUGGGACAUCCCUCCGUCGCCUCGUUUUCUCUUGCGGUCCGUGAGCGUGGUGACGAUUGAUACAACGGCUCCGUGUAUUCACGGACAGGUCAGAACGGGGCUAAAAGCAGCAGGACCUGGAGAGAAAGAGAGGAGAGAAGAAAUGUCCGUCGGGAGCGAAACUGAGCAAUUGACAGGACGCGACAAACACCAAAAGACGCACAGAGAUGUCACGAAGGAAGUGAAGAUGAAGGAGGAGGACGAUAGUGCCGUAGGAAACAAGUAUGGACGUCUUUGA